AUGACCCUUGACGGCCACCUGCAGGCCGACAGACGACUGAUAGACAAGAACCAAGACCACUCCUGGCCUGGUGCGGAAACUGUCAAAACAACCCUUUUAUAACCGACUUCUUUUCUCUGACCUACUUGGCCCAGUGGGUGGGUGGGCGGGCAAUCAAUCAAUCUACCCCCAGGUAGGUACAUACACCCUCCACACACUGGCCUACACACCCACUCUCCCUCUGUGUGUGUGUGUGUGUGUGUGUGUGUGUGGUCAGGUGAGGAAUGACGCCGACGAGCGUCAGGUGCGUCAGACGCUGGAGGUCAUGGGGGCGUACCACAGGGGACUCAGACCACACGUAAGCAUGCGACGGAGGAUUCAGGCAGGACACACACGCCCUGCUGACCGACCGCUGGACUGACCUUUCGCGUGACUGUCUGUCUGCCUGUCUGUCUGUCUGUCUGUCUGUCUGUGUGUCUCAUGUGCAGCGUGUGAUGUUUUGCGGGUCGACUGCUGGCCGGGCGUCGAUGGUGCGGCAACUGCAGCCCAUGACACACAUCGAGAGUAAGCCGUGCCGUAUCCAAUCCACAGCUGCAUUGCAAGUGUGACACACAUGACACGCGCUCUUUGCCCUGCUUGGUUGAGUGCUCAUCAGGCAAUCCCGAGAUCCUCUCGGCCGUGAAGGGUACACACAGGCAACUCCACUGACAGGCCACCGUCAUCACAUGUCAUUCACAUUACCAAACAGCACACCACGGUGUGUGUGUGUGUGUGUGUGUGUGGCUGCAUUGCCAUCACUCAGGCAAGGUGCCCAAUGUGGUGCACGUGGGCAGCGUAGACGAGCCGAGGUCAGCAGCAGCAGCAGCUGGUGCACCCUCACCCGACUUCAGCUCCCUGGCAGUGAGGCCCGACACACAGCAAGGCACCUACCCCACCCGUCCGUCGACCCCCCACAUUAUAAUGCCAUCUCACGUCUGUGGUGUCUGUCUGUCUGUCUGUCAGGACUGCUUGGAGGUGCUCAAGGCCGUGGUGGCUUCGUGA